UUUUUGGUUCUCUCAAGCAAUCUGAAAGUCUCUCUCUCUCUCCAAAAUUCCAAAAUUGCUCGAAAUCUCUGAGGUACGCCUUAGAUAGUUCGUCUUUUUUUCCUUCUUUCUGAUCUCUUCGACGAUCCUUUCUUCAUAUACAGUGGUUUUUUUUCUGCGUAUUUCUUUUUUUUUUCUUCCGUUUCUGGGUCAUCGAAAGAUCAGAUUUUCUUUCAAUUUCCAGCAUUUUACUCCUAGUUUUGUUUCGUUUCUCUCUGAUUCUGAUACUGUAAAAGGUGGGUUUCUUCCUUUCUUUCGAUUAGCUUUUAUUUCUGACCGGGUGAUACGUCCUUCGAUGAAAUUAGGGUCUUGAAAAUUUAGGUUUUAUUGACUCCAGGAAAAUUUUCUAGAUUGAUCUUAUAGAGGCAGAACGGUUGGGGUUCGUUGAUUUCUGGGGGUUUCUGUUUGAUUGGGUUUUGGAAUUGUAGGUUUCCAGUUUAGUUUUGCAAUUCUGCAAGAGAGGGGCUCUUGUUCUUUUUUCUUUUCGAGAAAUAGUUGAUUCAGGUGGUUUGGGUGGUCUUUUUGUAUUCAUUUUAUGGCAUUUGAAUGUCACGAAACAGGGGGUUUGUUGUUGAAGAAUUCUGUAGAUUGCAUAGAUAAUCCUUCGGACGAAGAAGUUGCAUCACCCCAGUUCAGAUCUUACAUUCCUUCAGCUGAUUCGAAGUUUGAUUCCACAAAGGAGAGCCGGAAAUCAGUAACACCGAGACCCAGUUUUGAAUUCCAGCCCAAGAAGGGCACCGCGACAUCUAAAACCGAGAAACUAUCUAAUUCGGAUGAUUCGGAUUUUAAUAAUGGCCGGAGAUCAAUCACCGACCUUCCUCCAGCCCUAUUAUCUGAAAUCCUCCAUUGCCUGGACGCCAAAGAGCUGGGAAUUGUCUCCUGCGUAUCUACAUUCCUUCACAGGCUUGCAUCCGAUCAUCAUGGAUGGAAGGAAUUCUAUUGCGAAAGAUGGGGCCUGCCGGUGGAGGCGGUUCCCCCUGGUUCCGGAUUUCCAGACAACAGAUCAUGGAAGGAGCUCUUUGUAGAGAGGGAAUAUAGGAGCAAGACUUUCAUGGGGCGGUACAGCAUUGAUGCUCUAUAUGGCCAUACUGAAGCAGUUCGCUCAGUUUUCAUUCUGACCUCGGCGAAGCUUAUCUUUACUGGGGGUUACGACUUGAUUGUCAGGAUGUGGGACAUGGAAGAAGGGUUGCUAAUUGCGUCGUCUCGGCCACUGGGGUGCACAAUCCGAGCAGUUGCUGCUGAUACAAAGCUUCUGGUAGCUGGAGGGACUGAUGGCUUCUUACAGUGCUGGAGGGCUGUUGAAGGAAACCCACAUUUGUUCGACAUUACAGGUUCCCAGAACCAGAACUUUGAGUUCCGCCUGUGGGAACAUGAAGGGCCUGUUACUUGCCUUGCAUUGGAUCCUACCAGAAUUUACAGUGGCUCAUGGGACAUGACUGUUCGUGUCUGGGACCGAUCCCUGUUGAAGUGUGUGAAGGUCUUGAGGCAUGCUGAUUGGGUUUGGGGUCUUGUCCCCCGUGACUCUACUGUCGCAAGCACAGCAGGCAGGGAUGUGUACAUUUGGGAUGUUAAUGGCGGGGAUCAAGUUUCUAUUGUUCAAAAUGCUCAUGUGGGUAAUACAUGUUCUCUGGCAAGGAGUCAUACAGGAGACCUUCUCUUCACUGGAGGAGAAGAUGGAGCAAUUCACAUGUUUGAAAUCAUGAGACAUGAUACAGAAGCUAAUGUUUGUAAGGUUGCAACCUGGAUUCCACACACGGGUCCAGUCCACUCCCUUGCAUUUGAGUUUCCCUGGCUUGUGUCUGCUUCUAGUGAUGGGAAGUUAUCACUGAUUGACGUGAGAAAGCUAUUGAGACCGCAAAGGCGCUCUUUAUCAAGAAAGUCUUCAGUAAGUGUGGAAGCCCCUCAGAGGAUGUUACAUGGGUUUGGGUGCAAUUUGUUUACAGUUGACAUAGGUGCCGAUCGUAUUGUAUGUGCUGGGGAAGAAGGUGUUGUUAGAAUCUGGAAUUUCUCACAGGCUUUGGAGAUUGAGUGCAGGGUUAGGGCCUUGCGUGGCAUUCGAUUAGAAAACCGAAUGAGGCGACGGAAAAUUCAAAUAGAAAUGAGCAACAAGGGUAGCCGGGCUGAUCAGUGUUCAGUGGCAGCCAAGAAGAACCAGAUGAAGGGUGAUAGGAGUGGCACCUGGCAUGGUAGGCGUGGAACAAAUGGGAAGCUGAAGGCUUAAUGGACUGCAUUGUCUCUGGUACUCAACCAUGUAUACUCUUAGCAAACAUGUAGCAUGGCUCCAUUCCUGUGUUUUCAAAUUAGGGCAUAGUUCUGUCAUUUACGUCAGUAGUUGGAUUUGACUCGAUGCUUUCUUUUCUGGUGUCAUUUGAUCGAUUCUUUUCUUUGUGUAGAUAUUAGAUGGUAAUCUAUUCCAUCAUCAUUUGGGGCAUGAAUUUUCAUUAGUGUGACUUCAAAGGAGUUAGAUUGCAAUGUUAAGACCGUGCCCAGAAGUACACAUCUGACUUAGAUAUCUUUGGCUUCUAAAUGACACAAGUAUCUUUAGUUUAUUUCUUA